AUGGACGACUCAUUGAUCUCCCCCGGCGCAGGAGAAGUCAAUGUGUUCGCUCCCCAGAGUCCUCUUUCGCCUCGAACUCCGCGGCUAUCCGCCCCGCCAUCUCCCGUCACACCCCGCCGCAAUACAAACGCCAUGAACGGUUCUCACCGAGAGUCUAUGGAUUUCUCCGCCGAAACAGGCGGGGGUGGUCUGGGAAACCUUGCCGAUGAACUGGCAGAUGCGUGGGAACAGGAGGAGGAAGGAUAUGGCUAUGCGUCGGGGCAAGAGACCGGCCCCGUGGGGUCCCAGCAGAUGGACCACAGUGAUGAAGAGGAUGGGUACAUGCAGUCCAUUCGCGAUAUGCGCGCUCCAUCUCCAUCAGUGGACUCACCAGACCGCAGGAACCGACUCCGCGCCGCACAGCUUCGACAGCACCGGAGGCAGGAAUCCCACUACGAUGGAUCAGACUAUGGCAAUGACUCGGAUCUUGACGAGGCGACGGAGAUCUCCCCCGCAUUAGAGAGCCAGAUGGCUGAUAUCGAGAGCCUGGCCCGGCGGGGCAUUGAGAACAAUGGCAGUGAGAGCGAUCAUGUCAUUCAGCGGACGGUUGAGGCUCUCCGGGACCUGGGUGCACAGAGCGGCAUCGAGAACAGUGCUAUGCGACUGAUCACCGCCCACUCCUCCAUCACAUCUCACCUUACCCACCAAACCCGUACUCUCCAAUCUCUGAUCCACCCUCUCCUCUUCUCUCCAUUCCCCCUUCUCUCCGAAGACGCCAUCGACUCCCUCAUGCCCCUCAUCGAUGAAGGCCUCCUGCCCAGCCUCCCAUACCCAUUUCCCGAACAGACCCGCCGGGGCUCCCGACCCUCCACCCCCUCACAACAAAAUACUCAGCACCCUCUUGUAUCUCUGCAAGCUCUUGUCUCACAAACGGCCGACAUCACCGCCUCCCUCCGCAGCUUGGGUGACACCCUCUAUGAGUCCCGUCAGCUAACAUCCACAGCAUCUCGACGCCUGCGGUCUGCGCGCGAACUCGUCGCGGACCUACGUCGCGAGGAAGAAAGCCGCGAGGAGGGCUCGCGGUGGAUUGAGCGUGGUGACUGGGAUCGCCGGCUGAAGGAUCGCGAGGCGGGCCAGGAGUGCAGAGAUGUCGUCAGCGGCUUUGAGGCUGUAUGCGGCGAGUGGCGCGAGAAGCUGUUCGGGGCUGGCGCCGAAGUGGCUGCUGCGUAG